AGUCCACUAUUUUAUCAAGGAGUUUUGAUUUGUUAACACGAGUGUCAUUCUGUUUUUCUAUGUAACUAUAUAAUAGACGAAACAGUUAAAAAUAACCAUUUCGACAGAAAUACAGCUGAAUAAGUAAGAGUAAUGGCUCUUCAUUCUGCUGGAAAGGGCAAGCUUCUUGCAGUGAUUGGAGAUGAGGAUACUUGUGUUGGAUUCCUCUUGGGCGGAGUUGGCGAGAUUAAUAAACAUCGUCAACCCAACUUUAUGGUUGUAGAUAAAAAUACAGCAGUAAGUGACAUAGAAGAUACAUUUAAACGAUUUAUUAAACGAGAUGAUAUUGAUAUUAUACUUAUCAACCAAAACGUUGCAGAAAUGAUUCGUCAUGUAAUUGAUAGUCAUACGCAACCUAUACCAUCAGUCUUAGAAAUUCCCAGUAAAGAUCAUCCAUAUGAUGCCAGUAAAGACUCCAUUCUAAGACGUGCCAAGGGAAUGUUUAAUCCAGAAGAUAUACACUAAUCCAUGUACAUAAAAUGUUGAGCCAUAUAAAAAUAUAAAAAUGUAUGACUUGUAUGGCACUUAUUAAUCUCUGUAUCUAAUGUUACUGUGUUGUUAUAGUUCACUUGUAAAAAAUAGAAAUAUGUACAACAUUCCA